AAUCGCGGGGCUUCCCAGUCGGCGCUGGAUGCUGGAGCUUCGGGGCUGCCCGAUGCUGGAGAACAGCGCCGCGGCUGUGGUUUGGGCAAAUUCUUCGCGCUGGCUGCACGAACGCAAGAGCGCGCAGAAGACCGUCCAGGCCAUCAUGGAUGAGCUGGUCCAGCUGCUGAGCUUGUUUGCAAGCCAGCGCAAGGUCUGCCCUAACCAGAAAGGACUUGGCGAGACGCUCCCCCACAAGUUUCACGGCAAGUGGAUGAAGCGCAAAGCGCAACGGUACACGCUGAUGGGUCAGCCAGACAGCUCUGGCUCUGAGUCUGACAGUGGCCCCCCUCCCGAUCCUGGGCCUGAGCAGAUUUUAGCAGAUUCCUCUGUGUUUACCCGUUACAUGCAAACAGGGCUGGGCACAAACCUCAUUGGCCUUCCGUUGCGGUAUUUGCCACCUGGAAGUGUCUAUGACCUUCACAGGGACAUGACUGCCGGACAAGGACGAGAGAAGGUGAGCUUUAGCACAUUCAACAGGCACUGGAAGAAAUUUCAAGGCUGCCUGCGAUUCCGAAGCAAGGGCGACUUUGUGGAAUGCGAUUACUGUUCAGGCCUCAAAAGGGACAUCAAGAAUGCCAAGAAGCAAGGCUACUCUGAAUUGCUGGAUGCUACCAACAGUCUUCAACAGCACUACAGGCAGGAGCUUCGGGCAGUCUUGCGCCGGCCAGCUUUGAAGAAUUUUCUUUCUGGGGCGGAGCCUGUUGUGGAGGAGUCGGCUGUUCAGCGUGCAGUGCUGUACCUGAGGCAGCUUUCUCGGGGUCAGCGGGGCAACUCCCUGAGUUUUCCGCCUUUGCCGUGGAUGCACAGCUGUGUGGGGGAUGAGGGGCUGGCGCAGGGGGCUGACCAGUGGUUGCAGUUUUGUGACCGCCUUGUGGUGUCAGUCGCAACUUUAUACCGGGGCAAGCGUAGCGGUGACCUGAAGCCGGCGCUGCCCCUGCAAUUUUGGGCAGAGCCCCACGCCGGCAUCCUGCCCGACGCAGUUCUCACUAGCCUCGAUGACGUCCACGAUAUUUUCCAGCUGCCCAGGCACAUGGUUGCAGCGAUGAGCCAAAGCAUUGGCGCAGACAAAGUGAGGCGAGCCCUGCAGCGGCUGGAUCAUGUGACCCUUACAACAAGCUUCAGCGGAUGCGGCAUGGCUGAGACUGGCGUGGAGGCCCUGGCGGGGAUGCAUGGCUGCGCCCUGCAGCUUGGGCCGGCUCUUGAUUGGGACUCCCAUUGCCAAGCAGUUCUUCACGCACGGUGGCCGGACCGGUGUGUCUUCAAUGACAUCCACGAGGACCCCCGCUACAAAUCCCACGAAGCAUGGAUCGCAAAGAUCAGAGCGGACCCCCCUGAUGUGCUGGUGUUUGAGAAUGUUGAGAGAUAUCCUCCAGAUCUUUUGGCUGCCGCGCUCGGGGACAUCUACCACUACUCAGAAUCCAACCUUGACCCGAGCGAGGUGUUUUCCUUGCCGAUGGCUCGGCCGCGGCUCUACCUGUUGCUAUGGCGCAAAAGUACUUGCAAGUGGGCAGGCCCCGAAGUCAACUCUUGGAUCGAGGCAAUGGCGGCAGUCAAGAUUGAACACAAAGGCCCGUUUGACCCGGAGAUUUUUGCGGCGGCGCCAGACAUGCAGUCCACGAGGCGCAUGACCAACUCCGAGGAGAAGCACUUCCGGCAGUAUGAGAACCUGAUUCAGCAGGGGCUGCUUCGCAAGACGCCUGUGGUUGACCUGAGGCAAUCCGAAGCAAGGCCCGUGACUGCGUUGGUCAACGGAUGCUGGCCUGUACACCAAGAAGAUUCCGACGCCCUGGGUCUGGCCCACGUCGAGCUGCCAGCUAGUGUUGGCAAGACUGCUUUGGUGUCAAUGGCCGGGAAUGCUAUGUUCGGGGCCUGUCCUGUGCUCGCUGUCUUUGCGGCCCUGCUCUACAUCGAGAAGGCAGUGAUCAAGCUGGCCGAGAGUUUGAAAGACCAUCCUUGCCAGUGGGCCUUGGAGCACAGCUGUGUGGGGCAUGAGGCAGUGAUCAAGCUGGCCGAGAGUUUGAAAGACCAUCCUUGCCAGUGGGCCUUGGAGCAGUUCGGCGACACUGGCGAAGCAGUGGUGGACUGGCCGCGGCUGCCGCAAUGGAUGAACUGCUUGAAGGACAUUGUGACUGAGCCCCGCGGAUACGACAACCGGGAGUUUAUCAAGAUCACGUUGCACCCUGGAGACAAAGGUCAGGGUCAGUUUGCGUACUUGGCUGGGAAAGGCUUCUCGAGGAUCAGUGCCUUGCUCUUCGCCGUCAUGAAGGGGGCAGAUGCUGUUGAAGACACGGGCAGCCACGAGUCGCUCGACGCUUCCAGAAUGCAGGAGGGGACGAAGCUGUGGAUUCAGCUCCUUGGCUUGGAAUUUGGGUACAGUUGCAGCAGUUCUAUGAGGUUUCGCGGCCUGAUUUCCGGCGAGGUUUUGGCGUCGGACGUUUCCAGCAAGGGAUAUCCGGUUUUGGCGGUAUCAUUUUCCGGCGAGGUUUCGCGGCAAGUUUUCCGGUUUUUGCAGAGCGCUCGUCAAGUGUACACGUCCGUGGAGGCUGUAGAGUCCAGCCGAGAGCGCCUGUAUGAGGCCACCCUUCAGUCCCAGAUGCUGCAGGAAGAUUGCCCAGGGAAGGAUGUCAUGGACAACCUCACCCUUAUGCAGCAGCUCCUCGCGUCUGUUCUUGAGGAGUACGAUGGGAACUCAGCGUACAAGCUCUCCGCUGUGCAGAGGGAUGCGAUCAUGAACUGCAUUCUUCACAGCAGCCCUGCGUUUCUCCGUUCUGUGAGCAGGCUGCUGGACAUCGCCCCGGAGAAGGCAAACCCAUACAGGCUCAAGGUCCUCCAGACCAAGCGAUGGAUCAUUGGGGGCUCGAGCGGUAGAGCCAACGAUCAUUCCAUUUGGGGCCAAAUGCUUGUCAUGGACUCCGAGAAGCAGAAAAUCCUGGCGGAGGUUGUGAACCAUGAGGUUCUUCGCAAUUUGAAAGCUGGCCGGCAAAAGAACUUGACCCUGGACGAGUGGGCAGAGUUCUGCGAUUACUCGUGCUGGUGUGGCCAUGCCCUAGCCAACGCGGGAACACAGCCUGAUGCAGAGAGGGAUGCUUUGCGGAAGAGAUGCACAGAGGGGGACUUCCUGGCGACAUUCCGGGCCCAGAUUGCGGCCAGAAGCCCUGAUUGGACUUUGCAGGAGUGGCCGUGGCCGCAGUCAUUUGGCAAAGAAGGAGCGACAACCAACCCAAUGCAGCUCCGCCUUGACCUCAAUGCCAUCAAUGAGCAGCAGCAAGAAAGCCAGUUCAAAGCAGACAUGCUGUCUCUGAAUGCUGACUUGUGCAAGUACUGCCUGCACGUCCAGGAGCAGCAGAGCAACAGCAAAGCGCAGAAGAUCGCGCUGGCUGCGUGGGUGCGAAACCAAGUCCACUCAGCGAGGACCCAGGUCAUUGAACCGUUCAUGCAGAACAUGUGCAACAUCAAGGGCUGCGAGACGGGCGCGUCUCAGGUACAGGCGUGGUCGCGUUUUCUGCGGUGUGGCCCGGAUUCAUCAACAAACGGCGUUGUUCUCAAGAUCUUCUACUGUGACUGCAACAAGUUCGGGCGCAUGUCUGAUGACGCGGUGAGCAACAUGUUCGAUGUUGUGCAGCAGGCGGCCGCGCAGGACCCAACCAACUUUGCUGCCAUCAUCGUGCCGACCACGGUCGUGUCCAAGAAGCGGCUGACAGGAGAUCGAGCGGAGCGGGCACGCCUGGAGCUGAAGGCGGAGAACAAGGGCUUCAUCCCCAUCUUGGUGUCGUUGAGGAUGUCCGAGGUGUCCCUCCAUGGCAACGACAGCCGCCAAGUUUGCUAUGAUGCGUACGUUCUCAUCCCAGAAUCUGGUGAAGAUUCCAACCCCUUCACCAGCAGCUUUCUGUUGCGCCGAAAGGCAACCAUGAAGGAAGCCGACUGGAUGAGCCCAUCUGACUACGUGCUCACAGCUGCGCAACCUGGCGCUCCAAGCUCCCCAGGCAACCUCAGUUUGGAGAAGCGAGCGGCGCACCUUCUUGCUGGAGAGAGCGUGCCGAUGGCCCUCUUCCAGGCUUUGCUUCACACCAGCGACAGCUCCCCCAAGCCGAUCCUCACCAAGCGAAGCGACGCAGUGGCGGUGUUCAAUUUCUGCCCUCACGAUGGCGGGCUGGAGCUGGGGUGCCUCAAGGCCAACAACAAGGGGCCAUCUUCUUGGCGAGUCUGCAGCCUGGGCUUGGACUUGCUCUCGGCUCAGGCCUGCCAGGGUCGUGUUGGCAAGGCUUUGCUGCUUGACUGGAAGGAGGCGUCCUUCAAACUGCAGCCGGAACCCUCGCUGAAGUUCCAAGCAAAGUUGCCGGACGCAGAGGCGAAGCGCUUCUCUGACCCCCCCAUGCCUGAGUUGACGUUGAUGACCGUCAGCACUGAGGGCAAAGCGGUUGUCCCCUCUCAAAUCCGAAAGAAGUGGUCUUCAGACCCAGUCUACGGCCCUGAGUGGCUUGCAGAGCUUCGUAAGUGCGAUGAGCUGGCGACAGGCGACGUGGAGACGACGGCGGCAGCGAUGGCUGCGGCCUCGUCAGGAUCAGGAUCUGCAGCCACCACCGUGGUCGCCGCUGAGGAAACCGGCGCCGCCGGCGAGCUUCCUGCAGAGUGGGAGGCCCAGCCUGCGAGCCUGCUGGAUGGCCGAACGACCCACACAUGCGCCACAGAGAUCAAAGGCUUGAACUUGGUUAUGGACUUAGGCGACGGCGAGCUGGAUUCCCUCAAGGUCUACUUGCAAGCGCAGGAGUCCUUGACAGUGAAGGCCAAGGAAAAGGCGUUGUUCAAGAUGGGGGCAGCCGAUUGGUACAAACCCCCAAAGUCUACCAGACUGCUUGCCUCCGACAACGAGAAGCACUUGUACGUGUUUGAGCUCAACUCGGACACCGCCCUUGUAAUGUGCGAAAUCUCCUCAGAGGGAACCACCGUGACGGCAGACCCAGAGCCCUUGCGGGCAGUGCUUCACGAGGCUGAGGUUGCUGGAUUGCUGAGCCUGAAGGUUUGGGGCCACUCCUGCGAGCGGCCCUCAGGAGCAGCGCAUGCCCCAGGCGAUGUGGAUCACUUUGAGAUCAAGCCUGAAAACGCAACGACCUGGUGCUUGAAGCCAAAGGCCGCGCCAUCCAUUGAGACCGUCAGGGGCAGCAACCUGGGAAGCUAUCUACCGGCCAAGCUCAUCCACGCCUCACCUCGCAUUCAGCUUUCUUGGGUCCUCACUGUGGACAUGGCCCUGGGCGUGAUGGUGCCUAAGAGGCCCGAGUUCUUCCUCAAGCGCGAUCUUCCCUUGCAGCCCCAGCAGGUCGUCCGUGUUGUGUGA